UGCUGCUGCUGCUGCAACAAAACAAGGUCAAUAAGUACUUUCUGUGAAAGCUGCACAGUCAUCAUGUAUAAUCCAACAAAAGAGGAUAUUUAUGCAUUUGCCUUGUCCAAGACUCUGACAAAGAUUCCAUCACCUGCAACUGUGGGACUCUACUCUUCAUGUCACAAUCGAAACAACAUGAUUCUUGAAAAAAUGGAAGUGUACAUGGAUGAGGAGGCUGAAAGGAUUGAGAAUGAGCACAAAGGAAAUCCUCGGUCAGUCAAGCCUUCAUGUACAGGCUUCUUUGCCCUCAUUGGUCGGCUGAUCUUCUACAGACCCAUUCAGACUGAGGAGAACCAGCAGCACCGUGAUAUCAGGUUCAUGUAUGUGGACUUUAGUGCCUGGCACUUUGCAGGCAGUGACCUGCUCUGGGCUGGGAUCGCAAUACGACUGUUUCAGGCCAUGCAGUGGAACUUUGGGAAAUUACAGCUCGCUCUCUACCGUGUGGCUCAAUACGAUGAAGAGGAUGAAAUCAAGAGGAAGGUAGUAGAGAAUGGCGAUAACGACUGGAGGUCCAAGAAGAUUUGCUGCUGCCCUCUGUGGCUCCUCGCCCUGUUAGUUCUUGUGGUUCCACUGACCGUCCUGAUUUUCCUUUUGACCUUUGACUUCCCCAAAGCUGUGGAGAAACCAGGAGAGGAGAUGAAGAAAAAAGUGGGUGUGCUGGAGGGUCUGGUCAUUGCAUCGUUGGGAGUCCCUGCAGCGAGCGCAGCCAGAUUUGGCUUUCAAAUGGUCAAGAACCUCCUCUACAGCCAGGACCUGAACAUAAAAAAGGGGAUGGACAACCAACGAGUCAGCAGCAAACUUGGUUUCAUGAAUGAGGUGAGGAAGGAACUGUGGUUCGUGUCACGCUUCAUCCAGUUUAUGGAGAUAUUUGAGAGAAGAAGGAUUAGAGUGGUGCUGAAAAUCACAAAUCUGGACCGUUGUGCGCCAAAGAAAAUUGUUGCAGUUCUGGAAGCAAUCAGCAUUCUCCUCUCUGAUGAGGAGAGUCCAUUCAUUUCUAUUCUGGCUGCAGACCCUCAUGUUAUUAUGCAGAAAGUCAACUUUGCAGAUGGCUGCUUCAGCCGAGAAGACAGAGCUUAUGCACUUUUAAACCGCAUUGUCACGCUGGCCUUCACAGUCCCACCACUGAGCGAUGAAUCAAAAUACAGUUUAUUCCAAAGCCUCACCAGCAACUCAUCAUAUCCCCAGAAUAUGAGCAUUAGGAACAAUCAGAUUAGAUCAAGAACCCCCCAAAAGACAGAUGUAACAGAGGUACUUGUUCCUCUGGAAGAGUUAAAUCCACUGAUGAAUAAAACUAAGGUAACACUGGAUGUAAAUGAUGAGGAUGUAGAGAUGAUGGUGAGGAGCAUCUUGACCAGUGAUGACAAAAAUCUGGACAAGUACAUGUCGGAUGACGCAACGUCUCUGAGGAGGGUGAUCAACUCCAUCCGAAUGACGGUGAUAAUCAUGAUGGCCCUGAAAAAACAGCUUCCUCGUCCAGAAUACAUUGCAGCAUGGGUGGUGUUAGCCAAUCAAUGGCCCUGUCGACUCAGCUGGAUCAUCCAGUGUGCAGAAGACUCUCAGCAGAGAGCGGAGAUCGAUGGUAAGAAUGUGGCCAAAGUUGAUGAUUCAAAGACUUUAUGGGAAGUGUUUAGUGAGUCCAGGGCAGAGCUGUAUGUGAUGAGUGAACAGAUAGAGGACAUCCUUGAGCAGGAUGGAGACCCCGAGAUAUUUGAGCAAUUUCUCACUGUGGACUUCCAGUUCACUGUAAAGGACUUGAAGAUAUUUGAAGUUGCAAUAGUAAAUCUGGAUCAUACCAUCAAGAAGGAGCUGGCUCAGAUCAGAGGGACGUCUAGGCUGAAGGAUUCUGGUUGGAUGAGGGAUUUAGCUCCUCUGCCAAUCACAACGCUCAUCAAUAUGGAUACAGAGGACGUAUGUAAGGAGUUGGAAAGGAUGGAAUUCCACAGCAAGUACGUUGAUAUAGUGAAAAUCAAUGGCCUCAGUGGGAUGGCACUGCUGUUUGGGAAUUCAGAAGACCUUAAAGACCUCCUGGGCAUGACCUUUGGAGAGUGGGCAACUUUCAGACUGCACUUCCUGGGUUUACCACCACACCUGCGACCACAGACCAAGAACCUGCCGCUGGCACCUUCCAAACCUCAGAGCCAACUUUUCAAAUUUAAAGCACAUGCUGGCUUUCAUUACUCAUCCAACCCAAGUCUAGCUAACAGCUAGAUUUGGGUGCUAGAUGCAUCUCCUGUGAUCUCGUGAUGAUGUGUAUUAUUAUUAUUGGAAAAGUAGAAAAAAGACAAACCAGAAAAAAAACAAUCAGGUGCCAAAAACCUGCUGGAACAAGUGUCGCUUCAACAUCAGUCGGACCGUACAGAUGUGUCUGAUGUCAAUCUUGUUAUGUGUGUGUGUGCAUGUGUGCGUGUGGUCUUGUUUAUUGUGGUUUCAAAUGUCUUAAUGAACAAACAUUUCACAAAUCUAAAGACAUCAAUGUAUAUGUACUGAAAACUGUGUUAUGUUGAUAUACUGAAGUAUUGAAGAAAAGUAUUUCGCAACAUGAAGUGUUAUUGAAUUGGGGCAGCCCACGACUCUGCGGAAGGGAUUGUUGCCAGUUCAAAUCCCCACCAGGUCAAGGGCUGGGGUACCCAAAGGUACCCAGUCCCCAUUUCUCAUUGUUAACUUGACAUUUUAAAUGGACCCCAGCCACCGGGGGGCCACAUUCAGUGUACUGGUGCUGGUCCCAAGACCAGAUUAAUAGGAGGGUUACGUCAGGAAUGGCAUCCCACAAAAUUUUUAGUGACUCCUAGAGAGGGAGAACCCAAAAGGAAAGUAAAAACUAAUAAUAGUAAUUAUAUACUGUAUAUAUCAAAUGUUUAUUGAUAUAUAUAUAAGACUUAUCAGGACCUACACUGACUCUAAUAUGCAUUAAUCAAACAUGUGUUAUAUAAUCUAUAAUAUAUAUAUACAUAUACAUAUAUAUAAUCUGUGUCGUCAUACUAAAAUGCAUGCCUUGGUGGGACAUUAUGGAACAAAUGUAUUAUUUAAACAUUAUUAGUAAAAUGUGUGCUUUUCCUCCUGACAUGCUGUGACUAUUGAGAGAGAGCAAUGACUGUGUAUUGUAGAAGAAAAUGUGGUAAACUGCGAAAUUCACCUCUAGUGGGGAUGAAAGAAACCACUUUUCAGUUCAAUAAAAACGUUUAAUUACA